UCGCGUGGAGUUCGGUCAUACCCCACUCUAGAGCGAAGCGGCCGCAGCGUGCUUUCGUAAACAAAAUCCGGGUGCUUUCACGUGAUAAGUGCACAGAUUGGGAUAUUUUCGCCGGAGUUUUUACAUAAAGCUCAGCUUCUGGAAUCCAAUAAGUGAAGUGUCAGAUGCGAUGUGACAGACAGACGAAGAUGCGCUUGUGGUGCCAGUGAUGUCUGUGUGCAACAGCCCCUAGAGCACAGCCCCGUUACCAUGGCGCGGCCGGAAACCCCCAGCCAUGGCCUGUCACUCCUGAUAUUGGCAUUUUUUCUCGGCAUUGCUGCCACUAAUCAAGAUGGUCCCUAUCUCGACGACAACUCCCCGACCAAGUCCACGGCGGACCACCACGACGAGUCUCUCCUCUUAAAUUCCGACUCUUUGCCCAUCUUCCUCGAGGAACCUCAAGACUCUUACGUGGUCAAGAACCGUCCUGCUGUAUUGAAAUGUCGCGCCGCACACGCCCUCAAACUCUAUUUCAAAUGCAACGGUGCAAAAAACGUAGAGACUUCCAAGUUCGAUUUCGUCGACCCUCAAAACGGUGUUAGGAUUAUGGAGGCCGAGACGAACGUUUCGAGGGACAUGGUGGAGGAAUUCUUCGGCAAAGACAAAUUCAAAUGCGAAUGCUACGCGUGGAGCGGAAGAGGCAGCAUCAAGAGCCAAUCGGCAACUAUCGAUGUGGCUUACAUGAAAAAGACGUUUGAGGAAAACCCCAUGUCUACAAGAGUGGAAAUGGGUCACCAAACGGAACUCCGAUGUGUUCCACCAGUGGGGGUGCCACCUCCAAGGAUAUACUGGCUUCAAGGGGCCCAGCCAUUGCAACCAGACACUUCGGUUUUGGUAUCCACAGAAGGGCAUCUUCUCAUAGGCGAAGCCCGAGCUCAAGAUACUAACAAUUAUACUUGCGUUGCUGAAAAUAUAGCCGCGAAGAGGAUGGCGCCACCGGCAGAAGUCAUUGUUUAUGUAAAUGGGGGUUGGUCGCCCUGGUCCCCCUGGACCGAAUGUCGGUGUCCCGGAGCAACCCUGUCGUCGGGCAAGAUGAGCACUCGCACCUGCACUCACCCUCCUCCUAGCAACGGCGGCCUUCCGUGUCAAGGCUUGAGCGUUCGCAAGACCAAGGAUUGUAUUACCUGCCCACAAGAAGAGCUGGUGUUGGAUAACGCUUACGACUACGGCAGUUACGAUAACAGUUACGUGGAACCGGCGAGGUGGUCGCAAUGGUCGGAAUGGUCUCACUGCAAUUCGGAUUGUUUAAAGACGAGACGAAGGCAGUGUAUUCUGGGAAAUGGGCAAGGAAGGAGAACUUGUAACGGGAAGGACACCCAGACGACUUCGUGCAGUUCAGAGCAGUGCAGAUCUAUGGAACUCAGUAGAGUUAGAGAAGCAAACUUGGAGAACACCAAAAACGACAUCGCCAUCUACAUCGGCGUGACCGUCGCCGUUUUCUUCGUCUCGAUGCUGUCCUUCUUCCUCACCCGCAUGUACUGGAAGAAGAACCGCCACCAAAGCUUGUACAACAUGGCCUCUAAUGAUUACCAUCCUGAAUUUUUCCCAGAGCAAGAUAAGAAGUCAUUAAGUCUCCAGCCAGAUUUGACUCAGACCGUCCCGCCUUGUUACGAAUACCCUUACACGACACCAGCGACAUCUGUGACACGAUCCGUCUCGGAGCAUCACUACGACGUGCCCCAUCUUACUUCCGGGAGUGAUAUUCAAAUGUCUCCAGCGACGAGCUCUACCCUGGAGUCAUCUAGCGGCAAACGGAGCCAAUUGAGCGGCUUUACUAAUAAUUCCGAUUCCACCUAUGAAGUGGCUACAGAAUCAGUCACUUUACCUCUCCCCGCAGCUUACGCUGUCACACCAACCACUUCCGGUAACUACACUAGCGCAACGGUGACGCACAGCGGAGCUUUUUUGAAUCUUCUCGAGUCUGGAGUGAGCUUAGUCGUGCCAGAGGGCGCCAUCUCACGCACCAAGAAGCAGGAACUUUUCUUGUCGAUUCUCAACGAAGAUUGUUUCCGACCUAAACUUGCCGAAAACUUGACUCAACUCAGUCCUGUCGUUUCCUGUGGUCCUAAUAUUUCCUUGAAUAAGUCUGUAGUACUUAGAAUUCCGCAUUGUGCCGAGUUGAGUCGAAACAAUUGGUCUAUUUCGGUGUUACAGAGCGACUGUAGCGAUUCACAGUGGCAGAACGCCGUAACUUUGGGCCAAGAAACGAUAAAUACGUCUGUUUUUUGUCAAUUGGACAAAGAUGCAGGUUAUUUGGUCACCGAUUGUUUGUCACGAUUUGUGAUUGUUGGUCAGUCGACCAAUGGCAUGGCUUUGAAAAGACUCAAAUUGGCCGUUUUUGCGCCCAAAUUGUGUUUUCAGAGUUCGGUCGAUUAUAGCAUCAGGGUUUACGUUUUAGAAGACACUGAUAGUUCAAUGGAGACUGUUUUUGGGCAGGAGAAACGUCUCGGAGGGUAUUUAUUAGGCGAACCUCGGUCAAUAGUGUUCCAAGAUGGCGGAAGCAACCUUUGUUUGACUUUAGACAACUUAAGUGAGGGAUGGAAAACCAAACCAUGUUCCAAUUAUCAAGAGAUUCCCUUUAGACAUUUGUGGCAAGCCAGUAGUAACAGUUUGCACUGUUCGUUUACUUUGGAAUCGUAUGAAAUCUCCCGAUGUUUAAAUUUUAAAAUUCGMGUGAACCAGAAAGGUUUCGAGUAUCACCAAACAUUUGACAUCACUUGUAAAGACGACAGUGAUAUCUCAAUCAGUAAAACCAGCUCUGGUAAAGUAGUGCCAAAAAUAACGAUCCAGAGCGAGACCAACCGAAACGAUACGAAAAAGAUGAUCGAUUUCGGACAUUCCCCUAAAAGUGCCAAAUUCAAAGAAGAGGUCAAAAUGACCAAAAACUUGAUAGUGACUGAUAGGGGUGUAUCUACAUGUGAUGACUUUAAUUUUAGAUUAAGUAGGCAGCUUAGGAAGCAGCUUUGUCAAUGUUUAGAUCCUCCGACGCCGAGAGGCAAUGACUGGAGAAUGCUGGCACAUGCUUUAAGUGUUGAUAGGUAUAUUAACUUUUUCGCAACGAAACCGUCACCUACUGACUGUAUCCUGGACCUCUGGGAAGCCAGGAAUAGACAAAGCAACGCCUUGACCGAGCUUAAACAGAUUUUUAGCGAUAUGGAACGAUUCGAUGCUGUGAACAUUUUAGAUAAUUGCUUGGGACCUAAUUGGUUGUAAAUAUUCCACUGAUGCAUUUAUCUACAAGACCAGAUGAUUCGUUUUAUUAUUCCUUGAUUCAAAGCUUUUUUGUAUUUUUUUCGUGGUUGAUGAAUUUUUAGAUUUAUCAGAAAUGAAAAUUAUUUUAUAAGUUGUUGAAUAUGUGAAUGUUGUCUUGGAGACAUAAAAUGGACCACGUUCCAAGAAUAAAAUUGUGCAAUUUGCGUAGAUAUUUCUGCUAAAAAUAGUCAAACGAAUAUUUUCAACACGUUUUCUAAUUAUUAUAGAGUGAUAUUAUGAAAUCUAAUCAUUACUUUUCACCACUGUAUCCACUAUUUAACCACACUGCCAUUGUAAUUGUAUAAUAUAUAAUAUUUUUUCUUUAAUUUUUGUUGAAAAUAUUCGUUCACUCGUUACGUUUAAGCACCAGAUAAUCGAAAUGUUAGUCUGUUGUAAUCAAAUUAAGUACGUAAAACUGAAAGACAGGAAUAAUUUGGAAAGAAACGAUUUUAAUGUAGAGUUUUAUACAAAAGAAUCAAAAGUAGUUUUCUAGAUAUUUUAGGAUGUUUUGUACAAAGUAAAUAUUCAUGUAAUUAGAGGCAGGUCUACGUUGACAUCUAGUACGUAUUUUAGAAUAUAUAAUGAUGUAUAUAGUCAAUAUAUAACAUUUUUA